GGAGUGGUGCGGGCGGCACUGAUUGUGGAGACACGCAGAAAGAGAGAGUGAGAGUGGAAGGAGGUGUGCGGAGAUUUAGCGGGGAACGCACAGAGACUGGGAGCUUUCAGCAAGCUGAGCUGCGGGCAGGGACACACACAGAGUGCUUUAGGGAGAUGCUCAGGCUGUGUGUGAGGAAGGUGUUGCUCUCGCUGCUGGGUGCAAUGUUAACCUGCCUGUUGGUGUUGUUGCUGGAUCAGGGGCAGCAGCAGCAGCAGCCGGUGCAGCGGGGGCUGGAGCUCCGGAGCCGCUCUCUGCAGAGCUGGGAGAGCCCCGGGGAGCAGGAGGAGGAGGCGGCGGCUGCCGAGCUGAAGCUGCAGCCGCUCGGAGCCCGAACCCCGGAGCCGCCGGCCAGGAGCUUCAAGGAAUAUCUGAAUGAGCUGAGCCGGGGGAGAGGCUCCGGGACGCUGCUGCUGCUCGGCUCCGGCAAGCGGCUGGAGUCGCGGCGGGAGCUGGAGCCCUCGGAGGCGGCCGGCACCCGCAGCCCUUUCCGGGACGACAUCGGCGCCCGGGACCUGUUCAUCGCGGUGAAAACCACCAAGAAAUUCCAUCGGGCCAGACUGGAGCUGCUGCUCGACACAUGGAUCUCCCGGAACCGGGAGCAGACAUAUAUUUUCACUGAUGGAGAAGAUGAGGAGCUAAAGAAAAAGACAGCAGGCCACAUGGUCAACACUAACUGCUCAGCCGCUCACAGCCGACAAGCUCUUUCUUGCAAGAUGGCAGUGGAAUACGACAAGUUUAUUGAAUCAGGAAAUAAGUGGUUUUGUCAUGUUGAUGAUGAUAAUUAUGUGAAUACCCGCACCCUGGUAAAGCUGUUGGCACAAUACCCACACACUCAGGACAUUUACAUUGGGAAACCAAGCCUGGAUCGACCCAUUGAGGCCACCGAAAGGAUCAGUGAUAAUAAAGUGCGUCCAGUACAUUUCUGGUUUGCGACUGGUGGGGCUGGAUUCUGUAUCAGUCGAGGACUAGCACUGAAGAUGAGUCCCUGGGCAAGCGGAGGUCACUUCAUGAACACGGCAGAGAAAAUCCGUCUUCCCGACGACUGUACCAUUGGCUACAUUAUCGAGGCCAUUCUGGGAGUGAGGCUGAUUCGGAGUAACUUGUUCCACUCACACUUAGAGAACCUGCAGCAAGUAAUGAGGGCUGACAUUCCCAACCAGGUUACGUUGAGCUAUGGCACAUUUGAAAAUAAAAGGAAUGCCAUUAAUUUGAAGGGGGGCUUUUCCAUUGAGGAGGAUCCAUCUCGGUUUCGCUCAAUUCAUUGCCUCCUGUAUCCUGAUACCCCAUGGUGUCCUCGCAAUGUUACUUAUUAAACUCUAACCUCGUCCCAUGUAACCCUGGUAUCUGAAGGGGAUGUGGAGACCACUGUAUAUCUGGCUGCGAAGCUCUUUUGUAGCUGUGUUAAUGCACAUUGCUGGGUGGUAGGGCUGCUGUGCGGCCUGGAUUUAUCAAUAGUGUUUAGUGUCUCCCUCCUGUUUGCAAUCCUGUAUGGAACAGAGCCAUGCUUUUGAGUCCAAGCAGAACAGGAAGCAACAGAAGGCAAACAGACAUCGCAAAGGAUGCGUGAUUGUAUGUGUUGUGAGAUUAAUUUGCCCCAAGUGUGAAAUUGAAAGUAUUGCUGAGGUAUCGGCAAAUCUGUAGGAAUGUAAACAACUCCUCCCUGAGCCAGCUUUAAACAUUCACUGCUUUUUGUUGUGACAUUUAAACCAUGCAUUAGGAGAAAGUGCGUAGACAUACUGAGGAAAGCUGCUCUGUGUUGAGCCAUAACUACGGAUGCUAGGCAAUGGGAUGCUGUUUCAAAGGUUUGGUUUCAAUUGAUCCUAAAACAUAGGACUGAACAUGCUUGAAGAAUGUAGAAUCGUUUCCAACUUUUCAUUAAGUUUGGAAAAUUAUUUUGCCUCAACACCACCCGAGAUGCCGGAUGGGAUUAAAGAUAAUUGAGAUUUCCUGAAAGGAUUUUUUUUUAUAUACAUCUGCGUUCAUCAUAUUGUUGAGGGUAUCACUGGUAAAGCUUGUGUUCAAGGCUGGCUGCUGGAGGCUCUUAGACAUGGCCUCUGGUUAUUACUGAGGCCUGUCUCUACAUGAAAGCACUUUUCCUCCCUCCUAUUAGAAUCCUAUGAAUUAAUGAAAUGGAAAGGAGUUGGCUACUUGUGAGACUCCUCUGGAAUUAAUUUGGAAAUGUGCUGCACUAACAGUUAAUGGAAGACUAGCUGUGAAAAAUGCUGUUUGAUUAAUUCUAUUGAUCGCAAUGUUUGGUAUUUGAAACUGACAUUUCAAAAUGUCACUCCAUUGCAAACGGCUUCAAAACAGUGUCACACACUGAAAGAUUUUUUGAAAAAGUCAUAAGGCCACUUAUUUACAAAUCCUUAAGGAGUUUUCAUUUUGCGUUAAAUAACAAAGUCGAAUUGAGACAUUUCUGGUUUUAGAAAAAAAAUGUUUGGAUCAUUUUAACAUUUUUAAAAUUUAAAAGUCACUUGAUUUUUGCCCCUCUUUUAACCUACCCACCCCAAUGAUUUGAGUGUCAGGUGGAUUAGGUGAGGCCAGUGACUUGCAUUCUAUGUACCACUGUCUAAAAAUGACAGUAUUUAACCUGGGCGAUGCAUCAGGGAUGCUCUCAAUCCUAUCUUUUACUUAUGUCCAUGUACUUUUUACUACUCGUACUUGGUUCCUGGUUAGAGAAGCAGAAUUUGGAACUCUGGCUAUUCUUCUCCACCUUAAUCUGAGGACACAGAUUGCUUGUAGCAGGCCUGCUUCUCAUUGAGAGAAGCUCAUUCAGUGCAGGUUAGAGAUCAAACCUGAUUGUUUCCUGGUUUCUAAGGUCCAGUUCCAUUGAGCCAAGGAAAGCUUAUUUAAUAUUUUCUUAAUGUCUUCUUUUAACAUAAAAUUGCAUCAUCUUUCUAACCCUUUCAUUCACCCCCUAACAGCACUUAGAGUUGUGUGAAUCCUAUCUUCCUGAUUUCAGAGUAAGGGAGGGAAUGAAAGGCCUAAAAAUUAUCCCAUUGGGUGUGUAGCACUUAGAGCAGCAGGUGUCAGUCAUGUUAUGCUCUGUGACAGUGACCCAUAUUGGGUUAUUUGUAAUGUAUAUAUUUAUCUGAACAGUAUUUACUGUUCUUUUGUAUUGCUGUAUAUUUGAAAUGGUUGCUUAAUAUUCAGAAAUCUUUCUGAUCUGUAAAAAUGCGAUGUUUGAACCCUUAGAUUUAAUUGCUUCUUAUUUAUAUUCCAGUAUCUGGAAACAAAUGACUGUAAAGCACUGUAAAUAUAAUCGCUGAUACUCAGGGUUGGAACCUGAAUGGUUACGUUGAAAGCUGAUGGGUACCCAUCCUUUCCUUUCUAAUAAAGGAUUUUAUUGCUUGAAAAAUGAAA